AUGCUAUGUAUCAUGUAUUUUUUUUUUAUUUGUCAAUUUUGUAUAUUGAUAAAAAUCACCAUUUCACAAGAAUUUCAAACAAUUGAAAAUAAAUCUAAGUUGAAAGAAGGUACUAGAGAUAAUAAUGAUGACUUAUCUGCUUUAUUGGAUGAAAUUUUAGAUGAAAAUAUAAUUCAAAAAUCAUUACUUUACAAUGAAGAUAUUUCCAGUAAUUCACAAGAUAUUAGCUUAGAUUUACCUAGUACAAGUUUUAUUUUACAAAAUGAUAAUUUAGGUUUACUGGAUACGAAUUCUGAUUUACAAGAUAUUGAUUUAAAUUUAAUGAAUACGAAUUUUGAUUUAGAAGAUGUUAGUUUACCGGUUACAUGUUCUGAUUUAUUAGAUAUGUAUUUAGGUAUAUUGGAUACAACCCUUGUCAUAAAAGAUAUUAGUUUAAGUUUACCUAAUGCAAGUUCUAUUUUACAAAAUGAUAAUUUAGAUUUAUCAGAUACUAGUUCUGAUUCACAAGAUAGUGAUUUAUUUUCAUUGAGCACUGGUUUUGAUUUACAAGAUGUUAGUUUAGAUUUACCUAAUACAAGUUCUAUUUUACAAAAUGAUAAUUUAGACUUAUUAGAUACUAGUUCUGAUUCACAAAAUGUUGAUUUAGGUUUACCGGAUAUGGAUUCUAAUUUACAAGAUACCAAUUCAGAUUUAUUUGAUACAAGUUUAACUUUGCAAGAUGCUAGUUCAAGUUCACUGAAUGCAAGUUCUGAUUUACAAGAAAUUGAUUUUCCUUUAAAUGGUACGGACUAUGAUUUAUUAGAUACUCAUUUAGAUUUACCUUAUACAAAUUCUAGUUCACAAGAUAUUAGUUCAGUUUUAAUGGAUACGGGUUCUAAUUUACAAAAUAAUAUCCUUUAUGAACAAACUGAGAAUUAUUAUUUACAGAAUAACUUUAAUUCAGAAAAUACUUUAUUUGAUUUUCAAGAAUUGGAAUCUAUUUCACAGUUUAAUAGCACUACUGUUGGAGAAUUACAUACUUCAUUACAAAAUAAUGCAUCUUCCAUAAAUAAUUAUGUUAGCGAUUUAGAAAGAACCAUCUCACAAAAUUAUUACUUUAAUUUAAGAGAUGAAUCCACUUUAACAAGAGCGGAUUCUUAUUGUAAUUCAGAAAUAAACAAAAUGUUAUUAAAAAGGAGGAAGGAAGAAGAAACUGAGAAUGAUCAAGCAAAAAAACAGAAAAUUCAAGAAUAUACCUAUGAUGAUGACAUUAAUUUAAGUGGUGAUGAUUCUAAUUUAAAUGAGGUUGAGAUUGAUUUAAAUGAUGAUGAAAUUAAUUUAAUUCGUGAUGAGAUUAAUUUAAGUGAUUGUGAGAUGAAUGAUAUUGUUAAAAAUGGCAAAAAUAAUUUAAAAAAACAUAUUAAUGGAAAAACAAAUAUUAAAAUAUUUAGUUUGGAGUCUUCACAAAAUGUUUUUAAAAUUGAAUGCGAUGAACUUAAAGAUUUACUUCCUGAUUUACAGGGUAUAAUUAGACUACUAAAAGAAAAGUUCAAUAAAAUUGCAAGAUAUUAUAAUUCAAAUAUCCAGACAUUAAAAUGUCUUAUAGAAGAAGAACUAAAAAAUGUUGAUGAAGAAGAUUUUAAUAGAAUUAAAUUUCAUUACAAUUUUAAUGAAGAGCAUAAUUAUAAAAAACAAGAUUACAAUUUUGAUUCUUUAUCAUUUAAAAACAAAUUAAAGAAACCUAUGAUUAAAUUACUAGAUAUAUAUAUUUCUUUAGGUACCUUGAUAAAAAAUGUUGAGACUUAUGAAAGUAUGAUUAUGCUAUAUAGGAGAAAAUUUAGUGUAAUAUCAAAAACUACAAGUGAAUUAUUUUUUAAUAAUUUGCUUUUUAGUAGACAUCUAUUGUCAUUAGAUGGAGAAACUUUCAUAUGUCAUAAAAUGCUUAAUUCUAUAAAAGAAAUGAUAGAACAUAUUGAAAAAUUAGAAAGCGCUUCGUCAUUAGAUCAAAAUAUAUCUAGUAUUGUCCAAUUUUACGUAAGUUAUGCUAUACGUCAGUUAGGUAAGCCUUGCAGAAAAAUAUCUUCUUUUUUAAAAUAUUUGAAAAGAAUGAAUAUAUCAUUUGAAGAUCACAAAAAAAUACUACAAAUUGUUUUUCAUUUUAUUCAAAAAAAAAAUGAACAAAAUAAAAAAAAAUUAAGAGUGGCUAAGAAAAAUUUUUUUAUGAAAGAAGUUAUGCAAGCAUUUUCUAAGAUUCUAUUAAAGGAAGAUAAUUAUAUUUCAGAAUCUCUUAAAAGAGCAUCUACACAUUUUAAUAUUAAUGUUGAAGAUCUAGAUAUAAAUAAAACAAGUUUAGAUUCUUUAUUACAAAAUAAAAGUACAAUAAUGAAUGCACAAAUGUUGUAUUUAUCCUUUAUGGUAUUAGUAAAAUACUUAUCUAUUCGCCAUCAGUAUCAUAAAGCUGAAAAUGCCUUUAAAAAAUUAAAAACAAUGGUAAAUAAGAAAAAUAUGAAGCGCUUAUUUAAAAAAACAUAUGAAUCAGGAAAUUUCAGGAAAAGGAUGCUACUUAAAUUAAAAUUUUUAAAGGGUGAAUUAAGUAAAAUUGAAUUAAAUUUAGUUUAUAGAAGUUUAUAUAGUGAAUAUAAAAAUGAUAUGUUAUCAAUAAAAAAAGUAUUAAAUAGUUUGAUUUACAAAAGGCAAUCACCUUUGGAAUUUUUAAGAAGUCUUAAAAAAUCACUUAAUGAUUACUUAUUAUUAAAGAGAGAGGGUGAAGAUGUAGGGAAAAUGGAAGAAAGUAUUUUAUAUAUGUUGUUUCAUACGAAUGAAAUUAUGAAUGAAUGUUGGAUAAAUGAAAUAGAGUAA